AUGGCAAGCAGCAGCACAACCCCACUCUGCAAAGUCUGCGAGGACCCCCUCGUCACACAAGUCGACGACGGCGAGCCACCUGUCCAGGACGACCUAGAGCUGCCCUGCGGCUGCCACUACCACUGGCAGUGCCUCCUCGACCAGGCCGGCCACAUAGCCCUGACGCUCACCUGCCCCUCGUGCGACAAGUACCUCCCGUCCAACGAGCCGGGCCCCUCGGUCACCAACCCCAUCUUCCACACUCCCCAGCACCAGACCACCAUCCGCACCCGCUACGCCUCAGAGACCGGCGUCGAGGAGAACUACGACAUCCUCCCCACCCUCACAGAGGAGGCCUACCUCGAGUCCCACCCAGACGAGACCCGGCCCCGGGCCUUCCAGACCAUGUGCGGCGAGGGCGACGUCCUCGGCGCCGUCGAGCUGCUCAGCGACGCCGCCGCCCAGGGGGAGGACGUCCCCGCCAUCCUGCUGUACCGCGACUCGCUCGCCCGCGGCCGCACCCCGCUGCACGUCGCCCUCGAGAAGGGCCAGGAGGACGCCGUCUGGCUGCUGCUGUUCCUCGGCAGCCCGCGCCUCUCGCUCGACAACUUCCCCCAGGAGGCCCUCGACGCCGCACGGGGUAUGGGCCUGGACCGCAUGCCCGACCGCGGCGGCGAGGAUGUCCGCGCCGCCCGUGACGAUGACGGCCGCACGCCCGAGGACUAUGCCAGGGCUCUGCCGAAUCUAUGGGGUCGGUUGGUUAAUGCGGGCGUUUUGCGGCCUUGA